CUACAUCUCUCAUAGUACGUAGUUGGCAUUCAAUCUUUAUCAUAGAAAAAUAAGAUGCCUCCCAAAGUAAGUGGAAAAGCAGCGAAAAAGGCCGGCAAAGCUCAGAAAAACAUUGUUAAAGGAGACAAAAAGAAAAAGCGCAAGAGGAAGGAGAGCUACGCUAUCUACAUCUACAAAGUGUUGAAGCAGGUCCACCCCGACACUGGCAUCUCCUCCAAAGCCAUGACGAUCAUGAACAGCUUCGUCAACGACAUCUUUGAGCGCAUUGCUGGAGAAUCUUCUCGUCUUGCUCACUACAACAAGAGAUCUACCAUCACGAGCCGCGAAAUUCAAACGGCUGUGCGUUUACUAUUGCCGGGAGAAUUGGCCAAACACGCCGUGUCUGAGGGCACCAAAGCUGUCACCAAGUACACCAGUACUAAGUAGAUCGCUUCUCCUGGUUACUCUGAUACCAAAACGGCCCUUUUCAGGGCCUCCAACUUGUUAAAGAGCUAGAAUAUGCUGCACUCCACUAUUAAGAACAACCAUUUUUUUGCUACGAUUUCGAUGAGACCAUUUCUCUUGGGAUAGAAGACGUGUCAUGGGCAGAUUGGACGAAAUGUUAUAAUGAGCAACAAUCUUACUAAAAAUUAUAAUAUAAUGAGCAAAACAUAAUUUCCCAUUGA